AUGGCCGAAUUCGAACAACUCAUCGUGCAGCUGAUGUCCUCGGACAAUGCUGCCCGAGGACAGGCCGAGAGGGCAUUCAACGAUGCGGUCAAGCAGGCGCCCGACACCCUCACCAUGGCCCUCAUCCAGGCCAUCCGCACCUCGCAGAAUCAGCCCGCAAGGGAGCUCUGCAUGGUGCUGCUCCGAAAGACCCUCAUCUCCAAAGAAUCGGUGGAGAAGCCAGGGACAACGGAGAAGCAGACUGUGCGUUUCUGGUCGAAGCUUAAUCAGCAAACACAACAGACCAUCAAGACGGAGCUGCUGGCGGCCGUCGGGCAGGAGCCCGUGGCAUCGGGCAGGAAGAAGCUAUGCGACACCAUCAGCGAGUUGGCUCUCUUCCUCACUGCAUUCGGCGAGGUCGAGAGCGACAUCACGCAGCAGUGGCCGCAGCUCCUGCCCUUCCUCUUCACCUUGACCAAGUCGGAGAACGAUGAACACAGGAAGAGCUCCUUGGACAUCUUCAGCAAACUUUGCCUCUACCUUGGCGAGUCACUCGUAAGCCACUUCGACGUACUCAAGCAGGUCUUGCAAGCCGGCCUCACCGAUCAGAAGAGCCUUAGGCUCCUCGAGGGCGACGCCGAAAAGCUUCAGCUCAAGGACUGGAUCCCCGUCAUGUUCGACGUGGUGAGCACGUGCCUCAACCACAAGCAGGAAGAUGAGGCCCUCGAUGCUCUUCAGAUUCUUGUUGAGCUUGCCGAUGUCGAGCCCACCUUCCUCCGGCCUCAUUUGACCACCGUCGUGAACGCCAUGCUCACGAUCGCCAACACAAAGCAGCUCCAAGACGGCAUUCGCCAACUGGGCCUCGAAUUCUUGGUCACCCUUGCCGAGCAAAGAGCCGGCAUGGUCAGGAAGGUGCCCAAUUUCGUGCAGAACCUCGUUCCCGUCGUCCUCAAUUUCAUGCUCGACAUCGAGGAAGAUCCUGAGUGGGGUGCCCACGACGACGACGAUGAUGAUGAAGUUGACGCGAACAAUCACAGCGUCGGUUCUGAGUGCCUCGACCGUCUCGCCCUUUCUCUUGGUGGCAAGACCCUCAUUCCGAUUUUGUUCGGCGUGAUCCCCAAGCUUCUUCAGUCCACUGAGUGGGCCCAGAGGUUCACCGGACUCACCUCGAUCUCCCUUGUUGGCGAGGGUUGCCACCGUUUCCUUGUCCCGCACCUGGACAACGUUAUCACCAUGAUCCUGCCCCACUUCACCGACCCCCACCCCCGUGUGCGAUGGGCGGCUUGCAACACCUUCGGCCAGAUGUUCACCGACUUCGGCCCCACCAUUCAGAGCAAGUACCACGCGCGUGUCUUGCCUGCUCUCAUGAACGUCAUGGAGGACAGGGACAACCCGAGAGUGCAGUCGCACGCUGCCUCGGCGGUCAUCAAUUUCUGCGAGAACGCGACGAUCGAGAUCCUGGAUCCCUACCUCAACACUCUUAUGGCCAAGCUCGCGGGCCUGCUUCAGGGCGGUAACAAGAUGGUCCUCGAGCAGGCCAUCACCGCCAUCGCUGCCCUCGCCGAUGUCGUCGAGGACCGCUUCGCCAGCUACUACGACACCUUCAUGCCUUUCCUCAAGGAGGUCCUCAGGAACGCCAACGGCAAGGACAUGCGCAUGCUGCGCGGCAAGGCCAUGGAGUGCAUCACGCUCAUCGGCGUCGCCGUCGGCAAGGAGAAGUUCUACGCCGACGCCAAGGACGUCGUGCAAGUGCUCUACGCCACCCAGCAGUCGAACCUCGAGCCCGACGACCCCCAGAUCUCGUUCCUCCUGCAGGCCUGGGCUCGCGUGUGCAAGGCCCUCGGCCAGGAGUUCGUCCCCUACCUCGAGGUCGUCAUGCCUCCUCUCCUCCACUCGGCCGGACUCGACCCCGAUCUCACGGUCCAGGGCGACGAUGAGGGUAACGCUGAGCAGGACGGCUGGCAGUACAUUCCCAUCGGCGACAAGCGAAUCGGCAUCAACACCACGCUGAUGGAGGAGAAGGCCACGGCGUGCAACAUGAUCUACCAGUACGCCGCCGAGCUGAAGGAGGGCUUCUUCCCCUACGUCGAGAAGGUGGCCACCGUGCUCAUCCCGCUCGUCAAGUUCUACUUCCACGACGGCGUCCGCCGGGCCGCCGUGUCGGCCAUGUCGGCCCUCCUCGAGUCGGUCAAGCGCCACCUGGAGGUCACCGGACAGAGCAACCAGCCCCUGGUCACCCUCUUCGGGCUCAUCCUCACCAACCUCAACGAGGCCAUCCAGCAGGAGAUCGACGUCGAGCUCAUCGCCCUCAUGUUCGAGAUCCUCGGCGAGUGCAUUGACGUGUGCGGCAACCUCAUGACCGAGGCCCAGAUCCGUUCCGUCUUUGAGGCCAUCAAGGCCGAGAUCGGCGAGCGGGAGGAGCGCAUGAAGGGUCGUCUUGAGGAGAAGCAGGGCGAGGACUUCGAUGAGGAGGAAGCCGAGAAGCUCGAGGUCGAAAAUGAGAAGGAGGAGGAAGUGAUGGCCGAGCUCGGCGAGGUGAUCGGCAAGCUCGCCAAGGUCCACAAGGCCGGCGUGCUCCGCUCGUUCUCCGAAACUCUCUUCCCCAUCGCCAUUCAGCUCAUGCACCCCCAGAAGGCGCCGCACGAUCGUCAGAUCGGUCUCUGCAUGCUCGACGACAUGCUGGAGCACUGCGAAGGAGCCGCCCUGCCCCUCUACCAGACGUUCCUGCCGGCCAUGGUCAACUACAUCACCGACUCCAACCCCUCGGUCCGUCAGGCCGCCGUGUUCGGCAUCGGCCUUUGCGCCCAGUUCGGUGGCCCCAGCAUGGGUUCCAUCAUCCUUGACGUCUUCCGGCGACUAGACAGCGUGAUCAAGCACAGCGAGUCACGCAGCCCCGAGAACGUGCACGCCACCGAGAACGCCAUCUCGGCCGUGGCCAAGAUCAUCCGAUUCCAGUCGAGCGCUAUCGAUAUGAACCAGCUGAUGCCCGUCUUCCUGUCCUACCUGCCCGUGAGCGAUGAUGAGGUCGAGGCCCGGGUCACCUACGACAACCUCACCAUCUUCAUCGAGCAGCACUCGUCGGUGGUGCUCGGCAACAACUUCCAGAACCUGCCCCAGCUCCUCAACAUUUUGGGAACUGCCAUCAACACGAACAUGGUCACCGAAAACACGAACGCCAAGAUGAUUGAGAUCGUGAAGAAGCUGGUGCAGGCCGUGCCUGCCGACGCCGUCCAGCAAGUGCUCACUGCUCUGCCACAGGAGCUGACGGCCAAGCUCACGCAAAUCAUCAGGGGCCAGUAA